AGCAUCCACUAAAGGUGGUAUAAAUAAUGAUACAUUAUACCUUAUUCCAAACAUAAAAGGUGAUUACGCUAUUAAGAAAAGGAGUUUAAUAGGAAUUGUCGAUUAUAACGGAAAUAUGUAUUUGUUUGGCGGGACUUCAAGUGAACUUGGUACUUUAAAUGAUAUGAUGAUUUUAGACACGAUAAAUUUAACCUGGAAAUCCGGAAGUAUGAUAAAUGCACCUACCCCAAGAUUUUAUUAUGGUGCAAACUUGUUACCAAAUCAAAACAUCAUAUACUUUGGUGGGCAUAAUGGCAAAGAGAUAAUUGAAUUAAAUGAGAUACACUUGUAUGAUAUUGUUAAUAACUUCUGGAAUACAAAAAAAACUUCAGGGUCAUCCCCUUCCAAAAGAUAUUUAUUUUCUACCGUUCUCGGAUUGGAUGGAAAAAGGAUAAUAAUAUUUGGAGGUUUUAAUGUUGUGUCUACAGACUCAUUUUAUGUAUUAGAUACCAUAAAUUUCGAAUGGUAUGUCCCAAACGUUUCUGGUGACAUUCCAGCAAAUCGAUAUAAUCAUAAAUCAAAUGUAAUUGGAAAUUUUAUGGUCGUAUCUUUUGGUAAAAUAUGA